UAAUCCAUGGACCUAUGACGAAUGCAUGAAUCACCUCUCUGUGUCUCAAAUAGCCAUGUGAGGAACCUCCUUUCCUGUGCUGUCCAUUCUUAAAGGGAAGUGAAGACUUUCUUGUUCAGCACUUAGUUUUUUUCUUUUCGUGCAGACGCCACCGUCAGCACAUACACUUGCAGCAUGAACAACUCAACUGAGCUGUCUUCCUCAGAGGAAAUUGCCAUGGCCCCUGAGGAGUUUGACGGUGGGACAGCAGUGGCCUGUGUGAUCCUGGGCCUGUCCUUCCUUGUAGGAGCUCCGGGGAACCUGCUGGUGAUCUGGACUAUCCUGAGACACGUCAAGCAGCGUUCCCACACUGUGGUGCUCAUCCUGCACCUGGCUGCUGCAGACCUGCUGGUUCUCAUCACCCUGCCUCUGUGGAUCUACUCCCUGGCCCACCACUGGGUGUUUGGAGAAGCCUCCUGCAAAGCCAUGGUGUUCAUGAUCAACGCCUGUAUGUAUAGCAGCGUUUUCCUCAUUACCCUCAUGAGUGUGGAACGCUUUGUGGCUGUGCGCCACCCCUUUGCCUCAGCUGGCUGGAAAAGGAAAAAAGCUUUAAAUAAAGUUCUCCUAGCUCUGUGGACUGCAGCAUUCGUGUUCAGCAUACCAGUCAUCCCAACUCAGGUUGUAGAGAAGGAUGCUGGUGAGGAGCACUGUCUGUACCGGUUGUACACUUCUGUGACCCAGGAGCUGGUGUGUGUGCUGCUAGAAACACUGCUGGGCUACAUAUUACCCUUCACCAUCCUCGUGGUCUGCUAUGGCUGCCUGUGCAGCCGGAUUACUCAGAUGAGCUUCAAGUCCAAGCGCAAGUCCACAGUGCUGAUUGCCAGUGUAGUGGUAGUGUUUGCCAUUUGUUGGACGCCUCAUCAUAUAGGAAAUGUCCUCUCACUCAUCAUCCUGGCCACUGAAAACUCCCUCCCGGACGCAGCAAAGAAUCUGGAGAGCGUCAGGAGCACCAUGGCUUUCAUCGCUGGAGCCAUGGUCUUCAUCAGCAGCACUGUUAACCCCAUCCUCUACAUGUUUUACGCUCGCUUCUUAACUACACAAAAAUUUUUCCCCCACCCCCCCCCUCACACCCCAGGUGAGGGCAAUAAAGAGUUGUCCUUUGUGUCCAAGAGACAGAGCAUUCAGACUAACAGUUCUCAGUGUGUGACUGAGUCAAAAGACCAAAUGGACAAAAUAAAAAUGUGUAAAAAUAAUCCUGAUAAUGAACAUGUAUGUAUUGUCUGUGCUGUGUGUAAAUAUCCAUGUGUAUACUGUAUGUAUUUUGAAAUGAAGGAAAUGGUGCCUAAAAAAUGAAACUCAUUUUGUGUGAAAUUACAACACAGAAAAACAAGAAGUCUUUAUCUGUGCAAUACUUGUCCAAUUCUGUAAAUUACCUGUUUUACAUGCAAUAGUUUUUGUAUUAUGUUUCUUUUUUUGAAUGGUGACCAUAUAUUUAUAAAUAUGUUAUAUUAUGUAUUCCAUAUCGUAUUCGUAAAUAGCACAA